AUGGCUAAAGGUCCAAUUGGAAUACACCUUAAAGGUCAAGGAGCGUGGUAUCUUGUCCACUAUCCACUUCCAGAUACCUUGACUGCGAUCAAUGAUACCCAGCGACAGAACUAUAACAGAGCACUUAUUUGCAAAGGCGUGAGCGUUGAUGGCGACGAAAAACUCCUCCGCAGCGACAAUUACAAACGACUCUUCCCCUGGUAUAAGACAUUAAGUACGAUGCAAAGCCUCAAAGAUCAUCUCUUCAGGACCCGCAUGAAGUUGAAUAAAUUACUAAGAUUAAACAAUGCACUUAUGGGAGUUGUUCAGCCUACUGAUGCUUCCAAGUUACCACCUAUCCUUACUCCAGCUCAACAACAACAGGUUCAGGCACAGAAACAGGUUUAUGAUGCUCAAGUCGCUGCUUCACGAAUCGCUGCAUCACGAAUCGCUCCUCGUUCCACUCAGAAAGCCGAUGUUCCAGCAUCCAGCCAAUCAGAGUUAAUUCGUACCCCCUCGGCGAGAAAUCGCUCUGCAAUUCGUCGUCAGUCCCGUGGCCGCUCUUCUCGCUGGAUUGAGCCACCUCUAGCUUAUGAUAACUUAUCAACUCCCGGAGCAACUACGAAUCUGAGUGGGCAACCUGGAUCACCAAGUUAUCUAGAUGGAGCCAAAGACAGAGACUCAGACUCCUAUACGGGUUCAAGUGCCGAUAUAACUGAUAACAAUCAGCUUUCACCAACACCGUCAACCUCCCACACAAUAUGGGGGGGGCCGAAAAGCCCUCUCAAAUCAAGUGGAAAACCUCUAAAAGCUCAAGAAGAUGAUGAAAUGGAGGCUGGUACGAUUUGGCGAGUAUGA